AUGCAACAUCCAAGAGUGACCCCGGAGAGCUCGACAGCAGAGAGUGAGCUUUCUGCUGGUACGGCUGACUCGGCCGAGAAGAGAGGUGCUCUGGAGACCGGCCAUGCGACACCGGCACAAACCGGGACAACACUUCCAGCUGAGAAGGACGAAGAACACGAGCCAGACUAUCCCACCGGUCUCAAGCUAUUCAUGAUUGGGUUUGGCUUAUGUCUUGCAGUCCUCUGCAGCAACCUGGACCGCUCGAUCCUAGGCGUCGCCACGCCCCAGAUCACGACCGACUUUGGCUCGUUCGGAGACAUCGGCUGGUACGGCGCAGCGUAUCUGCUGACGUCGUGCUGCUCGCAGAUGCUCUACGGGAAGGUGUACGCACACUUCGACGUCAAGCGCAUCUUCCUGUCCGCCCUCGCCGUCUUCGAGAUCGGGUCCGUCCUGUGCGCUGCCGCGCCCAGCUCGGAUUGCCUCAUUGUCGGCCGCGCCGUUGCCGGUCUCGGCGCCACGGGUAUCUCGACCGGCGCUCUCUUGAUCAUUUCCAGGAGUAUGCCUGUCUCCCAACGACCCAAGUACACGGCCAUGGUUGGAGCAGCCAUGGGAGUUACGUUAGUCAUCGCGCCCUUUUUGGGUGGCGUCUUGACCGACAAGGUGACAUGGAGAUGGUGCUUUUGGAUCAAUCUUCCGCUCGGGGGUUUGACGUUAAUUAUCACCUUCUUCCUUGUCCGCCUUCCUGAAAAGUCCGGGCAGGACGAGGCCAUUUCGUGGGCACAGUUUGCCCGAAAGCUGGACCUCGUUGGCAACAUCAUUCUUCUCCCGGCCGUUGUUUGUCUCCUCCUGGCGCUACAGUGGGGUGGAGCCAUAUACGCCUGGACCAACUGGAGAUGCAUCCUGCUUCUAUGCAUCUUCAGCGUCGUUUCAGUGAUCUGGGCAGUCAAACAGGUCCGGGGGGGAGACAACAGCACCGUACCCAUGCGCCUCCUCAAGAUUCGGUCCAUCCUCGCAGCCACGUGGUUCGCCUUUUGCCUCUUUGGAAUGCUCUUCAUCCAGUCGUAUUACAUCCCGAUAUGGUUUCAAGCCGUGGGUGGCGACUCCGCCUACACGGCGGGAAUCAGUGAACCACCGCCUCGGUACUACGUCCCUAGCAUGGUUGCCGGCGCAGUCGUUUCCGCGGUCGCGAGUGGCCUCAUGCUGAGAUUCGGGCUUGACACCAGCACGGCCUACUGGGCCGUAGCGCUUGUGCUCUCGGGUGUUGGCUUUGGCUUGGGCGGCCAGCAGUGUAUGAUGGUUCCGCAGACCAUUCUCCAGGGCGACGACAUCGCGUUGGGAACCUCUGUGAUCAUGUUCGCCGAAACGCUGUCUGGGUCGGUCUUUCUGGCUGUCUGCGAAAAUGUUUUCGAGACGCGACUCAUUCGCGAGCUCACGGUUCGAGCUCCCGCUGCCAAUCCCGCUGCUGUUAUCGCCAACGGGGCCUCGGGGCUGCGAUCGGCUAUGUCAAAGCUGUACGAUCCACAGACUGUUGAUGGCAUCCUUGACUCUUUCGUGGAGGCGCUACAGCCUGUGUGGACCAUAGGCUUGGUGCUGGCGGCGCUGAGCCUGGCAGACACGUCGCUGCGCGGCGCUGCCCCUUAA